UUUGAGUUGCGAUAUAGCUGUGGCAAUUUACAUAAAUUAUUGUUUUAUUCGAACUUCAAGAAAAUUACUGUCAUACUUUUUCGUUUCUCUAUUUCAAAAGCUGUUAUUAUAAGGACAUUCAUGAUGACACAAUUUCUAAGAUAUGUUAACAGCCCGGUGCGUAAUAUAGCCCGCUAUGCUCCCAAUACUCAUUCCCGACAUUUCCACGCAUCAACUUGCACAGCUUCAAAAGUUGCAAUGUCAAAAUUCGAUACUGAUGUUUUCCUGCCAUAUGAGAAGCUUACUGGAACUUUAAAGAUUGUAUCGCAACGUCUGAAUAGACCACUGACGUUGUCUGAGAAAAUAUUAUAUUCACAUUUGGAUGACCCGAGCAACCAGCCCAUUGAGCGUGGAACCUCAUAUUUACGACUUCGACCAGAUCGCGUAGCUAUGCAAGACGCUACUGCUCAAAUGGCGCUUUUACAAUUUAUUUCUUCAGGGUUGAAAAGGGUUGCAGUACCAUCAACGGUGCAUUGCGAUCAUUUGAUUGAAGCUCAAAUUGGAGGAAAGGAGGAUUUAGCUCGAGCAAAAGAUCUCAACAAGGAGGUAUACAAAUUUUUAGCUUCAGCAUGCGCUAAAUACGGUCUCGGUUUUUGGAAGCCCGGUAGUGGAAUCAUUCAUCAAAUCAUUUUGGAAAACUAUGCUUUUCCUGGACUGCUAAUGAUUGGCACUGACUCGCACACCCCAAAUGGAGGUGGUCUUGGUGGGCUUUGCAUUGGUGUUGGUGGAGCAGAUGCUGUUGAUGUUAUGGCUGACAUUCCUUGGGAAUUAAAGUGUCCGAAAGUGAUCGGUGUUAAUCUAACAGGAAAAAUCAGCGGAUGGACUUCACCGAAGGACGUUAUAUUAAAGGUAGCUGACAUUCUUACUGUAAAAGGUGGCACUGGUGCUAUAAUCGAGUAUCACGGAAACGGUGUUAAUUCUAUUUCUUGUACUGGUAUGGCAACGAUUUGUAACAUGGGAGCUGAAAUCGGUGCCACCACGUCAGUAUUUCCAUUCAACGAUCGCAUGGCCACAUACCUGAAGUCUACUAGCCGAGGCAGCAUUGCAGACGAAGCAAAUAAAUAUAAAAAACAACUUUUCACGCCAGAUGGAAAUUGUGAAUAUGACGAAUUAAUCGAAAUUAACUUAGACAAGUUGGAACCUCAUGUUAAUGGGCCUUUUACGCCUGAUCUGGCUCACCCAAUAAGUAAAUUGGGUGCAAAUGCGAAACAAAAUGGUUAUCCAUUGGAUAUCAAAGUAGGUCUUAUUGGGUCUUGCACCAAUUCUUCGUAUGAGGAUAUGGGUCGCUGUGCCAACAUAGCAAAAGAUGCGAUGAGCCAUGGUCUCAAGUCAAAAAUACCGUUUAACGUUACGCCUGGAUCUGAACAGAUUCGUGCAACCAUUGAGAGGGACGGUAUAGGUGAAGUUUUUGGAAAAUUUGGUGGCACUGUUUUAGCGAAUGCUUGUGGGCCCUGCAUUGGGCAAUGGGAUCGCAAAGAUAUAAAAAAAGGGGAUAAAAAUACAAUUGUUACCUCGUACAACCGAAACUUCACUGGACGAAAUGAUGCCAACCCUGCAACGCACUCAUUUGUUACCAGCCCUGAAUUAGUCACCGCUUUAUCUAUUGCUGGUCGAUUAGACUUUAAUCCAUUAACCGAUGAACUUACCGGUUCUGAUGGAAAGAAAUUUAAAUUGGCAGCCCCCUUUGGUGAUGAAUUGCCUUCGAAAGGAUUUGACCCUGGAAUGGAUACAUUUGACGCACCACCAAAGAGUGGGGAUGCUGUGAAAGUGGAAGUGGAUCCUAAGAGUCAACGCCUUCAAAUUUUAGAGCCCUUUGAUAAAUGGAAUGGUAAAGACUUGGUAGAUAUGACCGUUCUUAUUAAAGUAAAAGGAAAAUGCACAACGGACCACAUAUCUGCUGCUGGACCUUGGCUUAAAUACAGAGGGCAUUUAGAUAACAUUUCAAAUAACAUGUUUAUUGGAGCUGUCAACUCAGAAAAUAGCGAGAUGAAUAAGAUAAAAAAUCAAGAAACUGGCGAAUGGGGAGGUGUUCCCGAUGUUGCACGAUACUACAAAGCCAAUGGUAUUAAAUGGGUUGCUGUCGGUGACGAAAACUACGGAGAAGGAUCAUCUCGUGAACAUGCAGCAUUAGAACCACGUCAUCUGGGCGGUAGAGCAAUUAUAGUAAAGUCUUUUGCUCGCAUACACGAAACGAAUUUAAAAAAGCAAGGAUUGUUGCCUUUAACAUUUGCGAAUCCAGCAGAUUAUGACAAGAUCCAACCUGAAAGUAAAAUUUCCAUACUUGGACUAGAUAGUUUGACGCCUGGAAAGCCCAUCGACUGCGAAAUCAAAACCGGCAAUAAGGUCGAAAAAAUUAAGCUCAAUCAUUCGUUAAAUGAUUUGCAAAUUGGUUGGUUUAAGGCGGGUAGCGCACUUAACCGCAUGAAAGAACUAGCAAAAGCAAAUUGAACGUGAAUAAUGCCUACGUUUGUAUAUAAUCUGGAAGAUCUUUAAAAUAUAUAAUGCUGCAUAAGUGUA